AUGUUUGCACGACGAAUUGCAGCAUUUGCUAAGCGACUAAAAAUUCCAGUACCGUUGGUUAAACCGGAAGUGAGGAGCCCGGGUAUACAGUGUCAAUGCCACGAAAUUGCUCGAGACUUUCGCCAGAGAACGAGAAGCCGCAGAAGGUAUCCCGCAACAGUGUUCAAUCAAACGGCCAUCGUAUACAAGCAGCCAGUAAAUCAAUGGUCAAUUUCAAGAACUCGUUACUUCUCGGAUCGAGAUGUCGAUCCGAUACUUCCGGAUGCAAGCAGCUUCGCUCCUGAUGAUACGUUCUCCUCCCGAGUGUCUCACGAUCGAUUAUACGAUCGGUUAAGCAUGACCGAUCGAUCGGACUUGUCGAACGAGGGAUGGCAUGGAUCGUCGAGCAGAACUCGAUCUAUUGGAUCGUGUUGAAUGUUGCCUAACGGACGG